UUUUCAGGUAAAUGAAUGUCAGCUCUUUUUGCAGCAUAUAUAGAAGAACUUGAAUACUCUAAAAGAAAUGAACCGUAGACGCGUAGAUGGGAAGUCCACUAAAGGCACAAGUGUUUCGGGUUCAGCUGCGAUCUCAAUUGUGGGUGGGGGCACUUCCAAGUCUUUGUCUUCCUCCUCCUGGAGACUGGAGCAGAAGGACAAGCGGGAGAGGGAGGAGGUGGUGGUGGCUGCCCUGUCUGUCCUCUCCAACGCCACCAACAAACACCUCCUCCAGCAGCACGACACACAGAAUGCAGCCAGAGCCAUCGCCCUCAAUCUGGAGGAGCCAGUGGUGGUUGAGAAGAUGUGGGAGAAGAAGGGACUGUCUACUCUGAUCACGAGUCUGCAGAGGACAUUGCAGUACGCUAGGGGCUCCACAGACACUUCCUCCUCCUCUUCCUCAUUGGGGGGUGGAGGGGGGCGAACAGGGACAGCUGCAACUAAUGCUACAGCAACUGCACCUGGCGGAGGGGGAGGGGGAGCUGUGAGUCAGGCACUGUUGGGUGUGAAUGCACAUCUGCACAGGAGCAUCUGGGCUCUCACCCAACAUGCCCACUUCGCCAAAAUGGCAGUGAGACAUGGACUGGGGGAGAUGUUGUUGGAGUGUGUGGAGUUGGAGAACAGGAAGAAGACGCCAUUCGUGGACUGCGACAAACCAAGUAGCAGUGAGUUGAUUAGUGAACUGGCCAUCCUGUACAAUCUGGCUCUGCAUCCGGACAACACACAAGCCCUUCUCUCCCUCUCCAUCAUCCCACUCCUCCUCCCAGCCAUACACAGUCCCUCACACACUGCCCAGGCCAUAGCCAGUCUGACGUGUCUGAGUGUGGUGGGCACUGAGGAUGCAUGUAAUAAAGUGGCAGAAGCAGGAGCACUUCACUCUGUCAUUCAACUGCUGCACAAUUUUCUUGACGGAUCACAGCAACAGCAGCAUCCUUCUGUGCCAUAUCUCUCCCCCUCCCCUGCUUCUCCUGUGGUGGAGUGGGAUGUGAUGGAACUACUGCAGGCACUCUUCAAACUGUCCACCUCAGAGGCCAACAAGCACCGAAUUGUGCAAGCAGGUGGUCUGGGAGUGCUGGUGCGUCUGCUGAGUGGCGGGAGACAUGAGAGGGUGCGGGUGAUGUGUCUGCGCUGUCUCUGGUCUCUCUCCUUCCACCCCAGCAACAAGUGGGCCAUGCAGUGUGAGCCACACCUCCUCACACACCUCACCACACACUCCUCCGCCGUCAACCCACUCCUCCGGAAACACGCCCAAGGAAUCCUGUGGGUGCUACACUUUGGACAUUCCAGUUCAUCCAGCGGGGACGGAGGGGCAGGGAGUGGAGAUCCCAACUCGUCCAGGGUAUUACCAGGCACUGCACAAUCCUCCUUUUUAUCCUCUGGGGGCAUGAAUGUGUCUGGGAGUGGAGAACACGUGGAAGAAGAUAGUGCAAUGGGCAUGGGCAUAGUGCCGCCUCUAAGUGGUCUACAACAACAGCAGGGUCUGCACUCUAUGGGCGGCUCUGCAGUCUCCUCUGCGCCCAGUACUGGUGACUCCCUCAGGGGGGACAUGGGAGGGUCACAUGUGUACAUUAGUGUGGAGGCACACGACAACCUCGCAGUUAAACGAAUCAAGGGUAAAUUGUUGGGUUGUGGGAGACAGGCGGUGACUCUGGACGAGAGCAGCUGCUCCAGUUACAUAGACUCCAUCUCCACCAUGAUAGAGUCUGCCUCCUGCCUCCUCAUCUGCGCCUCACUCAGAUACAAGGAGAGUCCCGAGAUGCGGACGGAGGUGGAGUAUGCGGUGGACAUGGGCAGAAGUGUGGUGGGGGUGGUGGUGGAGCAGAACUACAGGCCAGACGGCUGGAUUGCAAGACACAUUCCAGGGAAUCGGCCGUGGCUGGACAUGCACCACGCGAAUCUGGUAGACGCCAACUUCGGACUCCUUCUUAAAGACCUAGAUACAUACAUGUGGGCGAGCCACCCUUCCCCACCCGACAGCCAGAGUACUUCCACUCCCAGACUGAAUGGGGGGCAAAGAUACAGCAGCAACAUGGCUGGACUGCUGCAUGAGAGCACAGACCCCACGGCAGCCACAGCAGGGGGAGUGUUGGACACUAUGGCCACUAGGAGGGACCACCCUCUGCUGCAGUGGUCGGAGGAGGAUGUGGCCCAGUGGGUGGACACUCUCAACCUCACCAGUUACUCUCCCUCCUUGAAGACUUUUCCGGGAAGAUAUCUUCUGCAGCUGCAACGCAUGAAUGCCAAUGCGCCGGAGUUCUACUACCAGACUUUGGAGAAGAAACUGGGGCUGAGUGAGGUGAGUGACCUGCUGAACUUCGCCUCUGCUCUGGCCCAGGUGGUGGAACUGAGCCACUCCUCCACUCCCAACACAUUCGCCACAGCCGCCGCAGACACCAGUCUCCAGUCCCUCUCUCGCCAACAGAACACCACAGACCACCAACCAGCUAGCCUCAAUCGGGGCCAGGGGGAGGGGGAGGGGGAGGAGAGGUUCCAUGAGGAGGAGGAACGAUAGACGGAGUCGGUCCACGCGGAUGCUUAUUCUAGUUCGAGACACUUGUCAAUUCAAUUCCCAAAUUGCAAAGAACAUUGAACAGUUUUGACAUUGAUUUGAUUUAUUAUUAUAAAAUUUAUAGGAUUUCUUUGCUGUUCGUUCUUUGGAUGAAAAACGACUGUGACAUAGAUGGACAUUUCUCUGUAAACUAAAGAUGUGAUACUGUGAGUAAAACCAUUCUCCCACCGUGUAGAUAUAUUCUAAUGGGUUGUAAAAAUCACCAAGCUGUAAAAAUGUAAAUUUUCUGAUUUUUAAUGUUAUAAUUGAAUUAAAUUGUUUGGUUCAGAGCCAUCAAUUGUACAUAAUUUGUAAACUAUCUGUGAGACUUAGUUGUAGCUGAAACUUUUAUCUAUUUUAUAAUUUCCU